CCGCCGAUUAGAAGGAGGGAGAAGAAGACGCUUCCUCCCUUCUCGGUCCUUUUCCUCCGCUAAAAGGUUCACCAUGUCGUCUCAUCUGCAGUGGAUGGUGAUCAGGAAUUGCUCCAGCUUCCUCAUCAAGAGGAACGGGCAGACCUACAGCACUGAGCCCAACAACCUGAAGUCCAAGAACUCGUUCCGCUUCAAUGGGCUGGUGCACAAGAAGACAGUUGGCGUGCAGCCCGCAGCCGAUGGCAAGGGCGUUGUCGUGGUGCUGAAGAAGCGUUCAGGUCAGCGCAAACCUGCCAGCUCCUAUGAGAAGAUCACCAUCAACAAGAACUCCCGUGCCACACUCAACAGCCUGAGGCACAUCAUCCGCAAGAACAACUACAGGAAGGACCUGCGCAUGGCGGCCCUGCGUCGUGCCAGUGCCAUCCUGAAGAGCCAGAAGCCUGUUGUGGUCAAAAAGAAGCGCACCAGGGCUGCCAAGACCGCAUAAACUGAUACACAUGAUAAAUAAAAUAAAAGCUUUUUGUUUGAAAAAGUAA